AUGAAUGGAAGAUUUCGUGUCACUCACAUGGAUAAGAGGAACAGCCUGCAGGGUUCGAUGAAUCUUCCUACACCAAAGCCUGGAAACACAUCGAAUGACACAACAAUCUCAGACAGCAGGACGGGUAAUAAAGACACUUCCAAAAAACCUCAGGAGGAAUACAACAUCCGCAACAUGUUCAAAGAAGCUGGAGCCGUGAAAGGCAAAGUCCCGCACCUCAGCAAACGCAAGAAAAGUGUGACACUGCUGGGCUUCUAUAAGGCUGGUAAUGCUGUGGAGACUAAAGCAGGACAGGAGGUGUUUGUGGAGGACAAGGAGGAGUCGAGCACCGCCGAUCAGUUAUCUGAAUGCUGGAGCGCAGCGUCUCCCACAGAUCCCACCAAACCCGCUUUAGAUGAAAACUCAAAUAAAGCCUGUGGGAGUCAGUUACAGGAGACUCUGAGAGAGAGCAGCCCAGAGAACCAGAAGACUGAUGAAGCCACUUUAAAUGAGAAACCACAGGACAAAAUAAGUGCAAACACAACGGGGAUUGUUGGUGAUGGUUCUAAUGGCAGCUCUAGGUUUUCUGUGGUACAGACUGUGGAAGAGACUAUCAUCCCACCCGCAGCUAACACAGACAACAGAGAUGAUACAACAGCACAUGAUGACCUUAAGACUGGACAAGUUAGUCAGGAGAGUAUAGACAACCAGCAAUAGACCCACAAACAUAACAUCAUAAGAUAACUUACUUAUAAUUUGCCACAACACUGCUUUUACCAGUAAUACACUUUAUAUGUGAAUUAAUUGCAUAUUAAAUCUAUAUAUGAUGGGCCUAAUUGAAAAGCAAUAUAUUAAAAUAGCCUAUAUUGACAAUUUGGUGGUUUUCUGCUCACAUCUUUACAAAGCAGCUUCAACACAACUGAGUACAGUGAGUACGGCAGCUCCCUCCACACAGAUCAGGUUUCUCCAAACCGGCUGAUGUUAGCUGUGUAGAAACAGGGUCAGAUAGUACUAUGUGAGGUUGUGGCUGUUAAAAGAAUACAACAGAGAUAGAGAUAAGAAUGUUGUAUUUAUAAUAUCCUCAUGCAUCUUUAAAACAACACAAUAAAAGCAGGAAAAUGUAGGCUGUUAAAAGCAAAGAGUUCAUUGCAUCACACCCUAAAGCAACCCUAAAGGAUCCUAGUGUGUUGGAAGUGUAUAUACAGUCCAACAAAAUGAUAAUCCAGAUCCUUGACGCUU